AGGCACAAUGCUCACUUUGCCUUGCAAUCUUUACGAGGCAGCUGCAAGCCCGCAGACGACUCCACCAGAGACUGUUUCAGUCAGGAUACAGUGCGCUGUUGGUGGAUUUGUUCGAUGUUAGGAAGAGAGAGAGCAACUCUAUAGCAGUAUCAUCUCCUGCAGACAGCAGACUUCAACUCAGAAAGAAGAAGGGCUUUGAAUUAAGCACCAAGCAACUACAGACAGCAGCUGUAGCCUUUGGAGAGGGAGGGAGGGAGGACGACCGUUUUGUAUCUUGCAGGCACGGGCUAGGAGAAGGGGGAGGAGAGACAGAGAAUGAGCUAUUCUUGCAGCAGCAGACGCAACAGCCGGGACCGUCAAGCGCUAAGAAGUCCACAGGUAAUAAUCCUGGCAGUUGCUGAUACCGGAGUAAACAGCAGUAACAACAUCAACAGCCAGGCUAGCCUGAACGCGAACCAAAGCCCAACAGCAGCAAUGAAAGUAAAAAAAGGCUGCAACUCAACGGGUGUGGGGGUCCCAGCGACCACGGAAGAGGAACUGCUCGGGAACACGGCGAUCACUCCCGAGGACGUAUUGGGCUUGCAGAAGAUCACCGAGAACUACUUAUGUGGGCCAGGUCAGAAUGUGUACAGCAUUGACUUCACCAGGUUCAAGAUCAGAGACAUGGAGACAGGCACAGUGCUGUUCGAAAUCACCAAACCUCCUCAUACAGAUAAAGCAGGAGAUAAAAGCGCCAUUGAUCCAAACGCCGGGAGGUUUGUCCGCUACCAGUUCACCCCCGCCUUCCUGCGGCUAAGACAAGUUGGCGCCACUGUUGAGUUCACCGUAGGAGACAUGCCCAUAGAGAACUUCCGGAUGAUUGAGAGGCACUACUUCAGAGAGAAGCUGCUCAAAAGCUUUGACUUUGAAUUUGGCUUCUGUAUGCCCAGUAGCAAGAACACGUGCGAACACAUCUAUGAGUUCCCCCCUCUGUCUGAGGAUGUCAUGCGAGAGAUGAUCCUGCACCCGUACAAGACACAGUCCGACAGUUUCUACUUUGUGGACAACAAGCUGGUGAUGCACAACAAGGCAGACUACUCCUACAGUGGCGGCCCAUAGAGGAUAGAGGACCAACCAGGCUCCUGCAGACAGACAGACAGACAGAGGGACCAUGUUACUCAGUGGCACUGUUAAAAACCCACUGAUCCCAUGCUCUCAUCCUCCCUCUCAGCCCUAUGGAAAAGCUACAGAAACACCCCUGAACAGACCCAACUCAGUUGCUGUGUGUGUGUGUGUGUGUGUGUGUGUGUGUGUGUGUGUGUGUGUGUGUAGCUUGUCUGUCAGAGCCUGGGAACACAUGCACCAACACACACAAACACACACAAAGCGACAGAGGCAAUAAGACCAGCAAGUUUCUGUAUAGGACCAGUAGAGGCUAGAGAAGAAACGUGUAAAUAAAACGUCUCUGUAUAUUUAUUCUGUGGGUGUGUGUACAAGACUGUAUGUUUGUUAUGACUGUGUGUGCGUGCGCAUGCAUAUAUGUGUCUGUUAGUGUGUACAACAUGUGAGUCUAAAACUUAAUAAAAUUAGUUAACUGAUUUUGAAAAGUU